AUUUGCUGUGGCUAGGAGGGGCACACUUAGUUGAGAAAGUUCUUGGGGUUUUUUGUCUGUUUUGUACCAGACAAAGGCUAGCCUCCCCUGAAGCUUUGGGGCCUUCAGGCAAAUAGCCACUUACAAUGUCACUAAUUAUGCUUGCUUAUAAAGGUACCUUCGAUGCACCCACGUGGACACCAUGUGGCAUCUUCACUGGUGCCAGGCACCCCAUCCUCCUCAUCCUGAGCCAGGCCACAGAGAACAAGGAAGCGUGUGAGUGCAUGGAGGGCAAGUUGUGGUCAGAACAUGGGAGAUCCUCUGGGGAAACAAAGGGUGUAAUUGGGAAAAACCAGCCAUGAGAUGGAAGGAGAGCAUUUUGGGGGAUCAAGAGGGGCCAAGGAGGUAGGAGCCAAACCAAGUGGAUUUCUAAGGAAUUCUAGCCCAACAAGAAGAUUGCAAUGGAAAGGGAAUGAAGGCACCUUCUGCAUGUGGGAAAACACUCAGUUGUAAAUCACGCCUCGAUGCACACUGCGGAACACACGUGGAGGAGAAGACAAAUUCAUGCAUAGCGCAUGGGAAGAGCUUCAAUGAGAAUUCACAGCUGAUCUCACAGACGGGAGAAUGCUGUGAAUGGAGAAGGAUCAAAUAUGCAGGACAGAAACCAAAUGGAGACUUCAAGAGGUGAAUCAGAUGCUUCUCGGAGUGGAGAUCCCCACCUCAUCCCAACUAUAGCAGGAAAAAAGAAAGGAAAGAGAAGGAGAAAGUGCCCUGUAUGGCCAAAGAUCUUGAGUAAUAGCUCAAGUGCUAAGACACAGCCUGAAAUCCACACAUUGCACAAAUGCUUGGAGUGUGGAAAGACCUAUAGUCAGAGCUCAGACCUUAGGACCCAUCAAAGAAUUCAUGCAGGAGUGAAGCUAUAUACAUGUUCAGUUUGUGAUAAAAGCUUCAAGAACAGUUCAACCUUGAUUGCUCAUAGAAAAAUCCACAACAGAGAGAAAAGAUAUAAAUGCCAGGUGUGUGGGAAGAGUUUCAUGCACAAUUCGCACCUUAUUAUCCAUGAAAGAAUACACACAGGAGAAAAACCAUUUAAAUGCCAGGAGUGUGGGAAAAGCUUCACUCAAAAGGUCUCCCUGACUAUCCAUCAAAUAAUCCACACACAGAGGAAACCAUAUCAGUGUGCAUUGUGUGGAAAGAGCUUCAGCCAGAAUGCCUACCUUUCUUCCCAUCAAAGAAUCCACACAGGGGAGAAACCAUUUAAAUGCUUGGAGUGUGGAAAGAAUUUCUUUUGGAAGUCAACCUUUACUUCCCAUCAAAAAAUGCACACAGGGGUGAAACCUUUUAAAUGUCUGGAGUGUGGAAAGAGAUUUAGUCAUAGUGCUCAGCUUACUACCCAUCAAAGAAUCCACACAGGAGAAAAACCAUUUAAAUGCCAGGAGUGUGGGAAAAGUUUCACUCAGAGGGUCACCCUCACUAGCCAUCAAAUAAUCCACACAAGGAGGAAACCAUAUCAGUGUGCGUUGUGUGGAAAGAUCUUCAGCCAGAAUGCCCACCUUUCUUCCCAUCAAAGAAUCCACACAGGGGAGAAACCAUUUAAAUGCCUGGAGUGUGGAAAGAGUUUCUUUAGGAAGUCAUCCUUUACUUCCCAUCAAAAAAUGCACACAGGGGUAAAACCUUUUAAAUGUCUGGAGUGCGGAAAGAGCUACAGUGGGAGCUCAGAACUUAUUAAACAUCACAGGAUGCACACAGGAGAGAAACGAUUUGAAUGCCUGGAGUGUGGAAAGAGUUUCUUUUGGAAGUCAGACCUUACUUCCCAUCAAAGAAUCCACACAGGGGUAAAACCUUUUAAAUGUCUGGAGUGUGGAAAGAGCUUUAGUCGUAAUGAUCACCUUACUACCCAUCAAAGAAUGCACACAGGGGAGAAACCAUAUAAAUGCCUGGAGUGUGGCAAGAGCUUCAGUCAAAGUUCAGGCCUUAGUACCCAUCAUAGAAUCCACACAGGGGAAAAACCACUUAAAUGCCUGGAGUGUGGAAAGCAGUUCCGUGAGAAUGGAGACCUUACUAAACAUUUAAGAGUGCACACAGGGGAGAAACCAUAUAAAUGCCUGGAGUGUGGAAAGAGCUUCAGUCGUAGUGGACACCUUAGUACCCACCAUAAAAUCCACACAGGGGAAAAACCAUUUGAAUGCCAGGAGUGUGGAAAGAGCUUCAGUGAAAGAUCAGAGCUUACUAAACAUCUAAGAGUGCACACAGGGGAGAAACCAUAUAAAUGCCUGGAGUGUGGAAAGAGCUUCAGUCAUAGCUCAACCCUUUCUGCCCAUCAAAGAUUCCACACUGGUAUGAAACCGUAUAAGUGCCCAGAGUGUGGAAAGAGCUUCAGUCAAAGCUCAACCCUUUCUGCCCAUCAAAGAUUCCACACUGGGAUGAAACCGUAUAAGUGCCCAGAGUGUGGAAAGAGCUUCAGUCAAAGCUCAGGCCUUAGUAGCCAUCACAGAAUCCACACAGGGGAGAAACCAUAUAAAUGCCUGGAGUGUGGAAAGAGCUUCAGUCAAAGUUCAGGUCUUUCUGUCCAUCAAAGAUUCCACACUGGGAUGAAACCAUAUAAGUGCCUGGAGUGUGGGAAGAGCUUCAGUCAAAGCUCAGGCCUUAAGAAACAUAACACAAUCCACGCAAGGGAGAAACCUUUUUAAUGCCUGGGGUAUGGAAAGAGCUACAGUGAGAGCUCAGAACUUAUUAAGCAUCGCAGGAUCCACACAGGAGAGAAACCAUUUAAGUGCCCGGAGUGUGGAAAGAGUUUCUUUUGGAAGUCAACCUUUACAGGUGAAACUCUGAAAAUUAGAAUAUUACAUGGAACCAAGAAGACAAGGAUUGAAGAAUAGAACAAUAUCGGACCUCUGAAAAGUAUACAGUGUACUGUGCUUGAUUGGCCAGCAAACUCCCCUGACCUGACCCAAUAGAGAAUCUAUGGGGCAUUGCCAAGAGAAGGAUGAGAGACAUGAGACCAAACAAUGCAGAAUUGCUGAAGGCAGCUAAUGAAGCAUCCUGGUCUUCCAUAAUACCUCAUCAGUGCCACAGGCUGAUAGCAUCCAUGCCACACCGCAUUGAGGCAGUAAUUGCUGCAAAAGGGGCCCAAACCAAGUACUGAAUACAUAUGCAUGCUUCUACUUUUCAGAGGUCCGAUAUUGUUCUAUUCUUCAAUCCUUGUCUUCUUGGUUCCAUGUAAUAUUCUAAUUUUCUGAGAUUGUGGAUUUGGGAUUUUCAUGAGCUGUACGCCAUGAUCAUCACAAUUAUAACAAAUUAAGGCUUGACUUAUCUCGCUUUGCAUGUAAUGCGUCUGUCUCAUAUAUCAGUUUCACCUUUUAAUUUGCAUUACUGAAAUUAAUGGACUUUUGCACGAUAUUCUAAUUUUCCGAGUUUCACCUGUACUUCCCAUCAAAAAAUCCACACAGGAGAAACCAUAUAAAUGUCUGGAGUGUGGAAAGAGCUUCAGUCAAAGUUCAGGCCUUAGUACCCAUCACAGAGUCUACACAGGGGAGAAACCAUAUAAAUGCCUGGAGUUUGGAAAGAGCUUCAGUCACAGUGAAUACCUUAGUAGGCAUAAAGAAAUCAACCCAGGUGAGAAACCUUUUAACUGCCUGGAAUGUGGAAAGAGCUUCAUCCAGAAGGGAAACUUUAAGAGACAUCAAAGAGUUCACACAGGACAGAACCUUUCCUAACACCUGGCAUUUAUGAAACAUUUCAUUCAGAGCAAACACCUCUCAUCCCAUCUAGGAUUGUAUGCACUGUAGCUAUCUCUUGUGUUUAAUCUGACAUAGCUAUAUAUUCCUUGUUUUAGUGCUUUAUGGGGCUAUUCACACAACUGCACAAGUAUGCAGGCCAGUUGGAGGAAAGGCAGGAAGGGAUGGCAGGGGGAAGGAUGAUCUGGGAUCAUUCCCUGGAUGAUCCCUCUUUACCCCUGUGGCGUGCAAGCUGUGUGCCCACAUGGUCCAUGCUACAGGGAGCAGUGUGGAUGAAUAUCCGUAGUGAUCCCAGCAGCAUGGAUCAACAGAGUCUGGGGCUUGUUUUCAUGACCUCCGCGUAUCCCGCCAGGCACUGUGUGAUGAUGGCAGUACCUUGGGAGAUUCCCCCAUCAGAUGGACGCUCUUGGCGCCCCUCUCUGUGUCCCCUUGGGCUCCGUGGAGUUAGGCAGCCGUGUUAAGGGAGUGCUUGCUCCCUUAACCUUGGCUAAGAGGUGGGCUUAAGAGCCGGGUUAGGCUGGGUGAGGGCCCCGGGAUCCACAGAGAUCCUGGUGCUCCACAUGAGCACACUAGGCCCGGCUAGGCUGCCCUAACCUGGGCAAGGCUGCUUGUGAGAAGAGCCUCUCUCACUCUUAAGCCUCCUCUACUGGGUAGGUGCCACAGGAAUGAUAACAUGGCAGACAGUUUCCCUCUUAUGGAACCAGAUGGCAAUCUAGAAGAUGGAAAAUGUAACUAUUGGUUCAAAGAAUCCAAUUUUAUUUUAUUUCCCAACAAAAAAGUCCCACAGGAAUGCCACAGGAAUGUUAAUGUAGAAUUAUGCUAGCCUUGUAGUAGUAGUAGUGAUGCAUAAAAUACUUGGCUGAACUUCAAGUUAUAAUGAUCUAGAGAUAAGAACAAUAUACUAAUUUGUAACAGCUCAAUACUUGGCUGAACUUCAAGUUUAUAAUGAUCUAGAGAUGAGGAACAAUGUAUUAAUUUGUAACAGCUCAUUUUUGUAACCCCAUGAGCUAUGUAAUCUUGACAAAUUGAGAAACUUAGGUAGUACUUGCAGACAGUAUGUAUGGAAGAAUGCAUGAGUGAGCAACAUCAAGUGUGCUCCAGCCCCACUCCCUUUCGAACACAAACAAUGUUGGGAAAGAUGCUAAAGGCUUGAAGAAUCGGUGAGAAUCAGGGAGAAAUGCCAAAGACAUUGUAAAGGAGAAAGAACUGGAAAUGGAACAAAAGAUAAGAGUACAUCCUGUGAUCAUGGAGAUGGACGUGGACUACAGAUGUACCAGCCGAAGUGAAAAUAUCCCUUUAUAAGUCAGGCAGGAAACCAGAAGAUCCCUGAGAAGCAUCACCACCCAGAGUGAGGCCUCCUCGCUUCUCCCAGCACCCCUUUUUAAAGACUGAUCACCUUUAAAGUAGGGGCUGGUGAGUGUGUGUGUGUGUGUGUGUGUGUGUGUGUGUAUGUGAAUUAGGAGUUAGCUUGCUGUUUAAUCAAAUCUAAUAAAGACACAUAUCCAUUGA